AUGCCGACAGCCAAAUUCAGAAGGGGCCGUUUGCGCUCCCGCCCGUUCGUCACCACCAUUGUGUUUCUAAGUGUCUUGACGGCCUACUCGGUGUUGCUGCAGAAUCAUCGCUAUGGGAGACACGAACAGCACCAUGACGCACCUCAGGGCGCUCUUUUUCGACGAGAGAAGGAACCUGUGUGCGGCGACGUACAUUCUGCCACGGAUCAAUGUGCGUUUGUGAAGAAAUAUUGCCUGGACGAGGACGCUGGGCUGGUACCAUAUCUCGAGUGGUACUUCUGUUCCUUUAAUGGUAUCAGGCCGAUUGGUUUCAGUCUUCUUAUCAUUUGGCUUGGGCUGCUGUUUACCACAAUCGGUAUUGCCGCCAGUGACUUCUUCAGCGUCAAUUUGAGCACAAUCGCCACCAUUCUUGGUCUCAGUGAAAGUCUCGCAGGAGUCACCUUUUUGGCCUUUGGCAAUGGCUCUCCCGACGUAUUCAGCACAUUCGCCGCCAUGAGCUCCAACAGUCCCGGCAUGGCUGUUGGCGAGCUCAUCGGUGCGGCUUGCUUUAUCACCGGUGUGGUUGCCGGCUCCAUGGCUCUCGUGCGCGAAUUCCGCGUAGACAGAAAGACAUAUGCAAGGGAUAUCUGCUUCUUCAUCGUGGCAGUGGCAUUUGCAAUGAUCUUCUUAGCCGAUGGGCAUUUACGGUUCUGGGAAUGCUGGGUCAUGGUUGGCUAUUACAUCAUAUAUGUGGUGACAGUGGUCGGCUGUCAUUGGUAUUCGACUAGGAGGAAACGACGGUUACGCCGAGAAGGCGAGGCACGAAGCCAUUUCUACAGUAUGGUUGGACACUCAGGUGAUGAGCUUGCCGGAGAGCCGUACCGCGAUGAACCCGAAACCCCUCAUGACGAUGUCAGGGACGACUCUCAUAGUGCUUCGGCAACGACGGACAUAUCGGCUCUUGAACGAGGGCCAAGGGUCGAAUUCGAAAACCAAGACCAGGAUAGUGCUGCAGAAGGCUCGAAUGAAGACGCCAGCGACCAAGAUCAUGAACGAAUGGUGGCCGCCGAAGUGUCGCGGAGCAUGCGUGUUCUACGAACAGGAAAAAAUAGGUCGACUCAGUUGAAUCCGAUACGUCCCAGUUUGGUUGGGGCGCUGGAAUUCCGAUCCGCCUUGGCGCAGCUGCAGCGAGAGAGUAAUCUGCAGCUGUCACAUAUCCCCGGAAGAAGCUACUCAGACUAUCAUGUCACUGGCCGAGAAAGGAGAGGCACGACCAGUGUGGUACCCGAUUCAGGUCUGUGGGAAACUGUGUCAACCCCUGGAGUUGGCCCCCGUGAGAGAGCGUUUUCAUACGGCGCGACGGCGGUAGCGUCGGCGCCCCUUCCUACAUUGGAGGAUGUAGAGAGCUCCAGCGACACGGAUAGCAAUCUAGGGAUUCCUGGGCAGGCUGCCUCAGCUCAUGCUACAACCACUUCUACACCAUACGUUGUUGGUGGAAGCCUGGCACCACCUCCUGUUGGCCCUUCUGGCACGAUCGACACUGCGAAGGCGGCUGAAGGCGGCCACGGGCAUGGAAAACAACCUGAUGCUCUGCGCCUGGUUAUACCCAGCAGGCGCAGUAGCCAUAGCGAAGGAUCGUCUCCAGCGUCGCCGUUCCCUCGUUACACCGACUCACCCUCGCCGAUGGCUGUAUCGCCUAACCCGCAUUUAGAGAGGACGGAAUUCAUGCUACCACCGCCGGUGGCGCCGCAUCGAGAUGGCCACUUUCCAGAUAUGUCGGAGACAGUGGUGGUCCCUCGACGGCCUGUACGGUGGUGGCCAUACUCUCUUCUUCCACCACCUCAUGUUGUUCUUGCCACGUUGUUUCCGACAUUGCAGGCAUGGGGUGAGAAGACCAUUUGGGACAAAUUCCUGAGCACCAUAUCAGUACCGAGCAUCUUUUUACUUGUAGUUACACUUCCAGUUGUGGAGUCUGAGACGAACGAAAGCUCGGUGGACGACUUGACUAUCCUGGAUGAUUCUAGUCGCCGCGACCUUGGCCACACGGCGCCGCCAGUUUCGGUCGAGCCGCAGCAGAUCGAGCCAGAAGGAGAAUGGGAGCGAUACAGAAGAUACACGCGAAGCCGUAGAAACAGCCGUGCGUCUGUUGAGGUUUCCUCCCCGCAGUUGCUCAUCACUCUUGAAAACGACGAUACCGCAGUAGCCUCACAGGGCGACACAACAAAUGCACAUGCCGUGGCAAAGCCACUGUCCGACAUGCCAUCGAUUAGCAACGCGAAUGACGAACCCUCGACGUGGAAUCGGUGGCUUGUUUGUGUGCAACUUUUUACAGGGCCUCUUUUUGCCGUGAUGAUUCUAUGGGCGAACAUGGCCGAAGAGUUUUCGGACCCGGGGAGAACACUAGUGAAGAUGAUAUUAUAUACCCUUCUUGCGUCACUUAUCCUUCUUGCUUUUCUUUUCUUGUUUACCUCAGACCACAAGCGACCCAAAUAUCACUUCCUCCUCUGCUUUCUUGGGUUUAUCAUUAGCAUCGCGUGGAUUUCGACAAUUGCCGGGGAGGUGGUUGGUGUCUUGAAGACGUUCGGGGUCGUUUUGAACAUAUCAGAGGCGUUACUCGGCCUGACUAUAUUCGCCGCUGGCAACAGUGUGGGUGAUUUGGUAGCUGACAUAACGGUGGCGCGACUGGGUUAUCCAGUGAUGGCACUAUCUGCCUGCUUUGGAGGCCCAAUGUUAAAUAUCUUGCUGGGGAUUGGUAUCGGCGGCGUGCUCAUGAUGGUACAAAAUGCAAACAAGAAGCACGCGAAGCAUCCAGAUCGACCUAUUCAAUAUGGUCCAUAUAGUGUGGAAGUUGGACCGACGCUCAUGAUCUCCGCUGUCACGCUUCUCAUAAUAUUGGUACUACUCUUGAUCAUCGUGCCAUUGAACAAAUGGAUACUGAGCCGCAAGAUCGGAUGGGGCUUGAUUGCACUGUGGACAUUGAGCACGAUUGCCAACGUGGUUGUGGAAGUGACUGGGGUGUGGCAGGAAUCGUGA